AGCGCGGCGGCGGCGGCGGUGUGGAAGCGGCGGCGAGGCGCCGAGCGGGUGGAGCGAGCCGCGGGCCUCCCUCCGCCGCGGCCGGUGCGGAGCGCGCUGCCUGCGGCCCCAACAUGGACGAGGAGGGCGGCGGAGGCGUGCCUGAUGACCUCUCCAUAGAAGAAAGAGAAGAACUUUUAAAUAUUCGUCGCAGGAAAAAAGAACUGAUUGAUGAUAUCGAGAGAUUAAAAUUUGAGAUAGCUGAGGUUAUGACAGAAAUCGAUAAUCUGACUAGCGUAGAAGAAAGCAAAGCUACACAAAGAAAUAAGCAAAUAGCUAUGGGAAGGAAGAAAUUCAACAUGGAUCCUAAGAAGGGAAUACAGUUUCUGAUAGAAAAUGACCUCCUGCAGAACACUGCGGAAGACAUAGCACAAUUCCUGUAUAAAGGAGAAGGAUUGAAUAAAACGGUAAUCGGAGAUUACCUUGGUGAAAGAGAUGAAUUUAAUAUUAAAGUUCUUCAGGCUUUUGUUGAACUCCAUGAGUUCGCCGAUCUCAAUCUUGUACAAGCCUUAAGGCAGUUUCUGUGGAGCUUCAGACUCCCAGGGGAAGCUCAAAAAAUUGAUCGUAUGAUGGAAGCUUUUGCUUCACGUUACUGUCUUUGUAACCCAGGAGUCUUUCAGUCUACAGAUACAUGCUAUGUGCUAUCGUUUGCGAUCAUUAUGCUAAAUACCAGUCUGCACAACCACAAUGUAAGAGAUAAACCAACAGUAGAGAGAUUUAUUUCUAUGAAUCGUGGAAUUAAUGAAGGUGGAGAUCUUCCAGAAGAGUUGCUACGGAAUUUAUAUGAAAGUAUUAAGAAUGAGCCGUUUAAAAUUCCAGAAGAUGAUGGAAAUGAUCUAACGCAUACAUUUUUUAAUCCAGAUAGAGAAGGUUGGCUGCUGAAAUUAGGAGGGGGAAGAGUGAAAACGUGGAAACGAAGAUGGUUUAUUCUGACUGAUAAUUGCCUGUAUUAUUUUGAAUACACAACAGACAAAGAACCUAGAGGAAUUAUUCCUUUGGAAAAUCUUAGUAUAAGAGAAGUUGAAGACCCUCGAAAACCAAACUGCUUUGAGCUCUAUAACCCCAGUCAUAAAGGUCAAGUAAUUAAAGCCUGUAAAACUGAAGCUGAUGGCAGAGUGGUAGAAGGCAACCAUGUAGUAUAUAGGAUAUCUGCUCCAACCCCAGAAGAAAAGGAGGAGUGGAUUAAAUCUAUCAAAGCAAGUAUCAGCAGAGAUCCCUUCUACGAUAUGUUGGCAACAAGGAAACGAAGAAUUGCAAACAAGAAAUAGAACUUGGUCAGCGAUUUGUAUAGCUGCAUCAGCCUAAAAAUGAGUAUACAGUUGAGUGAUAAAAAAAGUAAAGUAAAAAUUGGAUAAACUAAACUACAAUUAUUGUAAAUUGUAUAUAUACACGCUUUACUACAACAUAAAAUCUUGGCAAGACCUUCCAGGAUAAAUAGUUCUUGGUAUAUACUUUGAAGUAAGCUUCAAAUCCCAGAGGAUGAUUUUGUUGAGACUUAAUUCAAUUGAAAACGUGGAAGCCUUGCUUUCACUUAUAUUACUUGCAGCUCCACUGUACUUGGGUUGCAGAAAACUGAAGAAAUUUCAGGCUAACAGUACAAUAUCUUAUACCUGUUUCUUGAGCACGUUGCCUAUAAAGGAGAAGUGAUUAUAAAUUACAAGUACUUUUAUCUCUCACUAAAAUGCAGCACUAACAAAUGAGUACAGCGUGAACUAGCACUUAAUCUUUCUGUAAGCAAAAACCCCAAAAUAUUAAUACAAACUUACAAAUCUUGUGUGUUUUGCAGUAAAUGAACAGCUGAGUGAAGCUCUCGCUUAGCAUUCUCUCUCCUGUUUUAUAUGGAAAUAGCUUUUCUUCAGAAAUGCAACUCAGUGGUAAACUGGCAGCUACAUCAUUAACUAGUUAUGCCAAAGGCUUUGGUUAAUACGCACUGAAAAAACGCAGCUCCCAACAGCAAAGGUUUGAGACUGUAGACGUGACAGUGAAUACAGAUGUGGUUUAAUACUUGCCAGUAGGCUAAAACUCAUUCCUGUCUGCUCAUACACUCACGAUAAGCAGUGAGAUUUAAUGACUGGUUUAAUGUACUUUUUAUAUAAUAACAUCCUCCUUAUUUUUUAGGUAUGUUAUAGUUUAAUUAACAUUAAGUUGCCAUUAAAGGAAUAAGAUGACAGGGCUGACAUUGAUUAUAAGAGUCUAGGUUUUGCAUGUGAAAACAUCCCCAAAACUUCGUAUGCAUUUAACUUUUUAAAAGUGGGGUGAAGAAGGUGUGAUCUUUCUCUAAAAUACAGUUCUAGUUAAGCAAGCAGGAUUCGUUCCUUUGCUUGAUAACAAACUUUGGACAUAUGGAAAGGUUCACUAUUUUCAUUAUAUUCUUAAAGGCGAUUUUUCAGAUCUGUGCUUCAGUAGUUGAAAUUGAAAAACUGAAUGGACAUCCUUAUUUUUACUCUUAAGAACAAAGUUUUCUACAAUUACCCGGUGCAACUAUACUUUCCCCCUGCCAUUCUCUGUUGUAAAUUGUUGGAUGUCUUUCUGUGGUCCUACUCUAACAGUCUUUCAGUAACACAUGUAAGCUACUGUUGUGACAGAUUUUACUGCAACACUUUUCUAUUAAUAGUGCACGUAAAUACUUCUACUAUUAAGGUGACACCUCUCUCCAAUGCCGCCCCCCACCCCAGUUCCACAGUGGGGGCAGAAGUGUUUUUGGACCCUACUGCUUCUGUUAGUACUCCAUUUUCCAGAAACUAGUUGAACCUGAGCCGUGCCUACUGUGCCAGUGAAUGCUUCGGAGACCUGAUACUCUGUCAAAGUGAUUUUACUUCUCGGUUACGGAUGCAUCUCUGAAUACGUUUUAGGGAAUUGUGCUGCAGUGACAAAAAUACAGAUCUAUUAAUUUAAUCUAUUUCACAUCUUAUUUUAUUUUUAAGGGAAAGUCUGUUUCAUGAUUCCUGUCUUAUUAAUUUGCUUUAUUCUGCAUGAGAUACCAGCCUGUGAAUGUUCUGUUUUAUUAUGUGUUUCUCAAGAGGCUGAAAGAAUGGAGUAAACUUUUUUGCACUAUAAAUUUCCUCCAGUAUGUGUGGAACUGUAGUUGACUCAGAUAAAAAGUUUGGAUCAGAAUGUUUUUAAGGAACAAAAUUCAAGCAAAGGGGUUAGAACCCUUCAAUAAACAGUAUGGGGAAGCUGUUGCUUAAUGGAACCUAUUUAAACUCUUUGUAGACACUAGUUAAGUUGCAUGUCCCAUGUUUGCAGAGCUGCCAACAUAGUAACUUGUUUUGAUUCUUCUGCAACUUUUUAAAGUUUUGAUUUCAAGCAAAACAUCCAUCAGUUUUAGCCUUGACAAAUAGGUUUGUAAGGCAAGUAGCGAUAAACCAGAAUCGGUGGUACUAAUGAGUGUAAAGCUGAAAUGCAGCACUUAAAGUAUUUCUGGAGAAAUGUGAGAUUACGAAAGCAUUAAUAAGCCAUGAAGCACUUUUGUAUCCAUUCUUAUCUUCUGAAAUAUCACCUUCAAGAAAAUCUAUUUAUUUAACCAGAUGAGAAUGUCUGUCUAUAAGCAUGAAGAAAAUGCCUUGAGAGUUCACUUACUAAGUUUAGUUUGAAGUUUUUAUAUCCUGCAGAAAUAAUACUUAGAGUAACAUGUAACUGAGGAUAUUAUAGCAGGAAAUAUAUUAUUUCUUAGCAUUAAAAAGCGCCAUCUUAAACAGCUAUUUGUGGUGCUCAACAUAUCUAUUUAAUUUACUACCAAAGCUAACGGAAUAGCGUUCUUGUGUGUGAUAAUAUUUGAUUACAGAUGUUCUUGUAACAGUAUUAACAGGGAAUGAAAUUGGCCCAAAAUUUCCACUGGCCACAAGGCCAGUAAAACGAAGUGGCUUGUGAAAAUUUUGGCCAAAUCAGGUACUAUCCGUGAGGGUAAAACAAAAAAAUCUCUUAACUCUUUUUUGUUUAUUUGUUAGUGGGCUUAAAGUCCAGGUGUGGUUACUAGGAGUAGCUGCCCUGUGGCCUAAAGCAGUAUCUGUUACAGUUUGGCCAUGCUGAGGAAAAGUCAUCUGGCGACAACAGACUUCUCCCACCCUGUUGCACUGAAAAAUUUGUGUAGUUCUUCAGCUCUGUAAAUUUUGCCUUUUAACACUACAGGGGCCAGCAAGAGCCGCGACUACUUCUGCCACGUGUAUGGCUUCCUAUUUGGCCGCUAACUUCAGUCACGCUGCCAGUGCAAUCUAGGGAGAAAACUGUACGUAAUACUUAAGCUCAGCUGGACUGACUUAAACUUUACAACAUUCUGACAAAAUAAGCUCUACAUCACUUAACAUUUUGAAUAGUUUUAAACUGGUACAAAACUGAACCUUUAUAAACUGAGCAGCAUUUAUAAUGCUUCGUAUAUAAAAACAAUGCAUAUUUUUAAAAAUUUAAUACAUAUCUAUGUAGAUAUGCUUGCUGGAAAAGCUAGGUCUGUUGUAGACCAAAUGCUACAAAUUAAGACUUGUGGCUUACCAGUUUCAUUUCUAUAUUUUCUUGGAAAAUGUUUCUAGUUAUUAGAGUUUAAAUAUAAAAUGUAAAUAAAUACUGUACAGAUCUGUAUUGAUAUGAGUAUUACUUGGUGUACACAAGUGGUUUGCAUGACACAUUCUGUAUCAAUCAUUGUUAAAAAUGUGAUGUUCUAUGUAAAUCGACUGCAAUAUUAAUGUUUUCAUUUAUCAUUAAGAUAUGUUGCUUAAAUCUGGAGAUUUUCUCAGAAAUAAAGUAUGAAACUAUA